AGCUCAAAGUGAAUUGGACAUGCAGUAGUGACUGUGAAAGAUUCUGGCUUCUAUGCAUUUCUUACACUAUUAGAUAAGCUGCUUGGUUUUGUAGCACGUGAACCAGCAGUUCCUCUCACUGAGCUGUGGGAAUCGGGCUUUCUCAGGUCAGGGAACUUGUCUGAGGAGCUCAGUCCCUGUGGAUGGCAGCCAUCAUCCUGCUCCAGCUUUCUUUGGGUCUCCUGAUGCAGAUCUUGGAGAUUACAGGCAUGUGGAUGAACUGCAAGAUCAAAACUUGCCAUUCCAAUUGGAAUAAUAAGAAAAGUAAUCUCAAGCACUCAGACAAACUUUGGUUUCUUCAGCUGCCUUCUUUUGAUCUGCAAGCAACCAGCAAACUGCAGCUUAGCCUGUAAGCCUCUCUGGAGAACUAAUCUGGCCUUGAUGGGAGCAGAGGCUUUGCAACAAAUCUGGAGAAUUUAGAAACAAAUGGAGAUCAGAGAUACACUUCCAGGCUGUAGGAAGGCUUCCAGAAUCAAACAGUCAUUUGUGGCUUCCCUAGUAUUCCCUGACUUGCUGACUGCUCACCAAAGCACUGAGUGCUCUUAGCUGUCUCUGUGCAAUUUCCUGGCUAAAGGAGAUCUGGAAUGUAAAAGUGUAUUCAUCACCAGAGGUUUUGCAAGAUUCCAGGACUCCAAUGAAGCGGCACAAGCGCGGAGCCGAAAACUCCUGUUAACUAGGGUGACAACUUUCCAGCAAGCUGUGGGUCACGGGGAGAGGGGACACCCGGAUCCCGGCAAUAUAAGUUCCCAGUAACGGCCUCCCCAACUGAAGAUGUCUAACAAUGGAGUUGAAACAGAAGACAAACCACCUGCUCCUCCAAUGAGAAAUACCAGCACUAUGAUUGGUUCAGGAAGCAAAGAUCCUGGGACUUUAAACCAUGGCUCAAAACCUCUGCCUCCCAAUCCAGAAGAAAAGAAGAGGAAGGAUCGAUUUUACCGAUCUAUCUUGCCAGGAGAUAAAACUAAUAAGAAGAAAGAGAAAGAGCGGCCGGAGAUCUCCCUCCCUUCAGACUUUGAACACACGAUUCAUGUGGGGUUUGAUGCAGUCACGGGAGAAUUCACAGGAAUGCCGGAGCAAUGGGCACGUCUGCUGCAGACUUCCAACAUCACCAAGUCAGAGCAGAAGAAGAACCCCCAGGCAGUGCUGGAUGUGUUGGAGUUUUACAACUCCAAGAAGAUCUCCAACAGCCAGAAAUACAUGAGCUUCACAGAUAAAUCAGCCGAGGAUUACAAUUCAUCUAAUACAUUGAAUGUGAAGGCUGUCUCUGAGACCCCUGCAGUGCCCUCAGUGUCUGAAGAUGAGGACGAUGAAGACGAUGCAGCUCCACCCCCUGUGAUAGCUCCACGACCUGAACACACCAAAUCUAUAUACACCCGCUCUGUGAUAGAUCCUCUUCCUCCGCCUACCAGAGAUGUGGCCACCUCUCCUAUUUCUUCUCCCUCGGAAAACAGCACAACAGCACCCGACAUGCUGGUCAGGAACACAGAGAAGCAAAAGAAAAAGCCAAAAAUGUCAGAUGAAGAGAUACUGGAAAAAUUAAGAAGUAUCGUGAGUGUGGGCGAUCCAAAAAAGAAGUACACAAAUUUUGAGAAGAUUGGACAGGGAGCCUCAGGUACAGUUUACACAGCAAUAGAUGUAGCUACAGGACAGGAGGUUGCAAUCAAACAGAUGAAUUUGCAGCAGCAGCCCAAAAAAGAACUGAUUAUUAAUGAGAUCCUUGUAAUGAGGGAAAACAAAAACUCCAACAUUGUCAAUUACUUGGACAGUUACCUUGUAGGAGAAGAGCUCUGGGUGGUGAUGGAGUACUUGGCAGGAGGCUCCCUGACCGAUGUCGUGACGGAGACCUGCAUGGACGAGGGACAAAUCGCCGCCGUGUGCCGCGAGUGUCUCCAAGCCCUGGAAUUCCUCCAUUCAAACCAAGUUAUUCACAGGGACAUCAAGAGUGACAACAUCCUGCUGGGAAUGGAUGGCUCUGUCAAACUAACUGACUUUGGCUUCUGUGCCCAGAUCACUCCUGAGCAGAGCAAGCGCAGCACCAUGGUGGGCACCCCGUACUGGAUGGCCCCCGAAGUGGUGACACGGAAAGCUUACGGGCCCAAAGUGGAUAUCUGGUCUUUGGGGAUCAUGGCCAUUGAGAUGAUCGAAGGAGAGCCCCCGUACCUCAAUGAGAACCCUCUGAGAGCCCUGUAUCUCAUUGCUACUAACGGGACUCCAGAACUGCAGAAUCCAGAAAAGCUUUCACCCAUAUUCCGAGACUUCUUAAAUCGCUGUCUUGAGAUGGAUGUGGAAAAGAGAGGUUCUGCAAAAGAGCUGCUACAGCACCAGUUCUUGAAAAUUGCAAAGCCUCUAUCCAGUCUCACUCCUCUGAUUAUUGCAGCUAAAGAGGCGGCCAAGAACAACCAUUAAAGUGGUGAAGUCAACACAGUCAUCAUGUCAAGACUUUUAGAUGUUCAUUUCAGAGACUGAAUUACUUGCCCUUCUCCCCUUCUGCUCCUUCUUCACAGGGGUGUUGUUAAAACUUUGAGUUGCCCUGGAGGGUGGCAGAGGCAUUGUUCACUGUAUGUGGAAGGGCACCCAACGGGACAUGGCUGAUCUUACAUGGUGAACUGUCCUUCCAUCCUUGUGGUGGGGACGAGAGGGGAAGAACAUUUUGUAUGGAUGACAAGAUCUUUCUGAGAGCAUCUGAACCUGACUGACAUAUAGUGAAGCCAGUUUGUUUUCCUAUUUCUUACAGUGUUUAUUUUUUAAAAUAAUGUGGAACCUUACGCCAUGUUUAUCUUAAUAAAUUAAAUCUUUUGCUGGCUGCACUUUCCCUGCUUCUGCCAAGCUGCUGUUACACCAUGGAGGCUGCUCUAUGCUCUGGAUGACUCGAGGAGGGAAGGAAGCAGGCAGCAGCAAUGUGAACAGCAGUCAGCUGAGAGGGGAACGAGGGGGUGAAGGUGCAUCCCUCCUGCAGCACUGCUGGAUGCUUCGAGGAAGCAUGGACAAAGCCUCUGCGUGCUUCCUGCAGCCAUUGAAGAACUCAGUUCGUGGAUGAUCUCUUUGCCAAAUUGUGUGAACUGCCCCCUACUCCCCUCUUCCCCUUUUAGUGGCAACUCUGCUAGUUAAACAAAUCUCAAAUAAUUUUUGUUGUUCUAGGAAAUAAAUCACAGGAAGAAAAUGACAGAGCUCUUCUAGGGUUAUUUUGUCAGUGCUGUGAGGCUUUUUAGAGCUGCUGUCCUGUGUGAUUAACAAACAGAACAGUUACUAUUGUAAAGGCAAGAUUUGCCCGCAAAAUAUGUUGAAAACUCUUGUUUCUUAGAGCAAGUCCAAUGGAAAACAAACAGAUAAUGGAUGCUGCUUUCUCUGUGGAGAUGUGGGGACAUAAAUUUUUAAAAUUAUGGUUUCUUUAUGCUACUGAUUCCUUGGGUUGCCAAUAGUCUGUAAAACAACAGGAAACCUGGAGCUACUAGAAGAGGGACUGGUUGUAAACACUGGGCUGAUGUUAAACUGUACACUGAUUUUUAAUAAAGUGACUGCUGCGUUUCUUAA